AUCUGACCGCACCGGGCACCGGCAGCUCGGCAGCUGUGCGUCUCAAUCAGUGACAGUUGUCGUCACUCCAGCCUCGUAGUCACCACCUACCUCCGUUCGCUUUCCCUCUCUCUCCUCGAAAACCGCCACCACCCAAUGGAAGCAUGGUCAAGUUCUCUCUCCUCUCUUCUUCCACUCACUUCCUUUCUUUCUGUAGAAAAUCCACUCUCCACAUCCUGUCCAGAAGAGCUCUUUGUUCCGCCUCCACCGCCGCCGCCGACACGAUGUCCAUAAACCUCCAGUCCCACGCCUUCGCCGGCAAUCCCCUGCUAACCAAGACCCCAAGUCCCAGCGACCCUUUUUCACCAUCCCAAGCGCUCGAGACCCUCAAGACCCAACUUUUGGAAGGUGCCCAAUUGCCCUCUUCCCUCAGCUUCAAGGUUCUGCCUUUCAGAAAGGGCAGGCCUUUAGCUUCCUCCGGCGGUGGUGCCGGCGAUUCCGCGCCAAAUUGGCAUCUGGGUUGGAUCAGUUUGUUUGAGUGUAAAGGUUUCCUGACUAAUUGUGGGGUCCAGCUGAGUGGAGAAUCGCUGGUGUAUCUGGGUUCCCGGCCCGAAGACGACCUCGUUUAUUGGGCCAUUGAUGUUUCCGCUGAUAGUGAGAGUAGCUUGGUUGCUGAAUUGGGUAGCAAACGAUUGUGUUUUGUUGAGCUGAGGACGCUUAUGGUGGCUACUGAUUGGGGUGAUGCCAGGGCUAUGAGGGAAUUGGCUAUUGCUGGACAUGCCAGGGCUUUGCUAGAAUGGCAUAGUAUAUCACAAUUUUGUGGACAUUGUGGAGAAAAAACAGUCCCCAAGGAAGCUGGGAGGCGGAAGCAAUGUUCGAGUGAGCUGUGCAGAAAGCGGGUCUACCCUCGUGUUGAUCCGGUUGUCAUAAUGUUAGUCAUUGAUAGAGAGAACAACCGUGCUCUAUUAAGUAGACAAUCUCGAUUUGUACCUCGAAUGUGGAGUUGCUUAGCUGGUUUUAUAGAGCCAGGGGAAAGCUUAGAAGAAGCAGUGAGGAGAGAAACAUGGGAAGAGACUGGUAUUGAAGUAGGAGAAGUUGUCUAUCAUAGCUCUCAGCCAUGGCCUGUUGGACCAAAUAGCAUGCCAUGUCAGUUGAUGGUUGGGUUCUUUGCAUACGCAAAAUCACUGGAAAUAAAUGUGGACAAGGAAGAGUUGGAAGAUGCUCAGUGGCACAGUAGAGAAGAUGUAAAGAGAGCUUUGGCAUUUGCUGAAUACAAGAAGGCGCAGACAACAGCGGCGUCAAAGGUGGAACAGAUGUGCAAAGGAGUUGAGAAAGGGCAGAACUUCUCUGCCGACUUCAAUGUUGAAAGUGGUGAACUCGCACCCAUGUUUAUACCCGGGCCAUUCGCAAUUGCCCAUCACCUCAUCUCUUCUUGGGUCUAUCAGGAUGCAACAGAUGGUGUCACAGCACGUCUAAAACAAACCAGCGGUUCCACUUCGAAUUUGUAGCGUGGUUCAAUUCAUUUCAUCCGUAGUCCAAAUUCCUGGACUACUUAUCUUUCGAUAAUAAAAGAAGCUUGGAUAUAUGUUGAUUUGGAUGUUAUUCCCUUCGAGAUUCACAUAAUUCGAUCGUUGUAAAAGUGUAUUGUUUAACUUGUCUGAUGACAUUUUGGUUAUCUACUUGUAACUCAUAAAUCUGUGUAUAUGUUUCAAACCAGAAGUUGAUUUUACAAGAAGUUUCAAUUGA